AUGGACAAGAACAAAAAGCUCAUCAUAAAGAUAUACCAACAGCAGAAAUUUAUCUGUACUGCCAACAUUUCUAUGUACCUGAUUGAAUGGCUUGUCUUUGAAAACCGGUUUUCUUUGGUAAAACAACAGUCAAUGUGCACUAUGCCUGGUUCUGACGAAAGUACUGUUAAUACAGAAGUUGUCAAAGAAGAGACAGACGUUGAGAUGAGAGAUGUAUCUGAUACAUCAAUUGACUAUGAAGACAAUUAUUCUAUUGUAUCAACCAAAACUACUGUACAGAGUGUACCUUUUUUGAGAGAAGACAAGAUUUUUCAAUUCGAAGAGUCUGAUGUUGAGGCAACAUCAUUGGCUUCUGACAAUGACAAUCCUGAUUCAAGUGAUGAGUCUGAAGAUGAGAGUGAAGUCGAGGUUGCCGGUGUUGAAAAUUUUGAAGACAUAGACAUGUCUCAAACAAGUCAAUUCAUGGCUUUAUUUGGCAUUAUCUUUCAGGCGUUUUACUUGGUUCAAGCAGGUGGAACUGCUAUGCUGAAAUUCUUCUACCAUCUUCUUGUUACCUUUGAUAAGGAUACCGAUCUCCUGCUCACUGUUGAUGCGUUAAAGACUAUGACUGGGUUCAAUUUUAUGACAAAAAGCAUCGUCAAAUACACUGUCUGCAACAAGUGUUUUGCAAUUUACUUACCAGGCAAUCACCAACCAAAUUGCACAUUCAAAAAAUACACAACUACAUCACCAACAUACUGCGGAAAUCCUCUUUUCUUUGAACCAGAAGUUGAUCACCCCAUCCCUCUCAUGAGAUCAAGGGAGACAAUUAACAGUACCUUGUUGGACAUAUACGAUGGUGCAAUGUGGAGUGAGCAACUUGACAAAGACAACGAGCCUUUUGUUAAUCAUGACCAUUCCUUGAUGCUGACAUUGAAUGUGGAUUGGUUUUAA